AACUGCGCAAUGUCCAGUCCACCCAGGAGUUGGAUAGAAAUGGGCGAGUGAUCGAUCGCGUAUGUCCAGCAGGUUGUGCUGCAGGUGGAGCAGCGGCCAAGCAGCGAUCUUAUAUCCGAUCCCGAUCCGGUCAAAUGUCGCUGGCUAAAGAAGUGGAUUAAGAAGUGCGACGACAACUCAGAACCAAAGAGUGUCCAAGUGCAGUGUAACCAUUGAGAAAGACGGCGUUUGCAACCAUGUGGUGUGCAAGAACCAGAAUUGCAAGAACGAGAUCUGUUGGUUCUGUCUCGGCUCCUGGGAGCCGCACGGCUCCUCCUGAUACAACUGUAACCGGUACGAUGAGGAUAAGGCCAAGACAGCUCGUGACGCCCAGGAGAAGUUGCGCUCAUCCCUGGCCAGAUUCUUGCAGAGGAAAAUAUAAUUUGAAUCAGUAAAGGAGUCACGCAUGCGCGACCGUUUGGAGGAGUCCGCUCAGCAUUCACAGGCGGUGCAGCGCGUGCAGACGGCCGAAAUGAAGGCGGAGGAUUUGCAGUAAUGCGCCAGCAAUGGGGCACCGUCUGAAGCGAGCUGGACGAAAUCAAGCUGUAUAACAAUAUGGAGUUGGAGUCGAUAGACAAAUUCUUUUCGGCUUACCAAAAGAAUGCGGUAUCGGGUACCGAUGGCUCCUAUAAGGUUCUGCGUGCAACUGGUGGCAAGCCAGCAAAGCAGAAGGUGCACUCAUUGAUUGAUGGACGCCGGGCCCAGAACUGCACCAUCUUCGUCAGCCAUUUGCCCGCCUAUUCCCACAUGCUCUCUCUGCUGCAGCACAUGCUUCUGCUGCCCUAUACUGGUCACUCCGAUCCCGAGGUCAAGGAAGAGCAACUGGCCCAGGAACGCAAGCGUGCUGAUGAGCUGGAACGUGAGAACUUUGAUGUGCAGUCGUGGCUGUCGAAGAAGGAGCUGGAGCUCGGUCUGCGCAUGCAGGAGAAGGAGGAUCUUGAAACUGGUCUGGCACGCAUGCGCGUACGUUUGGAGAAGGAGUCCGCCCAGCAUUCGCAGGCGGUGCAGCACGCGCAGACCACCGAAAUGAGGGCGGAGGAUUUGCAGCAGCGCCUGCUCAGCGAGCAGUAGGUACGGGCCCGUAUGGAGCGUCUGAUCACCGAGUGCAGCAUGCCCGAUAACCAGGUGGUCGGUCUGACUGGCUGCAAUGGAGCUGUGUCGCC